CCCGCGCUGCAGUUUCCUCUGUCAUUUAUUGUCAUCCAAAACCCUUCCCCUCCAAACAACAUCCUCAAUCCCGAAAAUUGAAUCCCAAAUCCAAAAACCCAGUUGGAAAAAAUGUCCGAAAACGCUCCUUCAGAUUCGGAUACCCAAGAAACCGACUCAAGCCCGAGUAGUUCAGAAGAGCUGGAAUCCCCAAAGAAUGGAGGGACCCAGAAGAAGAUGACGGAGUACGAGAAGCAGAGGGCGAAGAGGAUCGAAGAGAACAGGGCGAGAAUGGAGGCACUGGGGCUGCGUAAGAUGGCGUGUUCGGUAAUGGGUUCGGGUCAAAUUGCGAAGGAGAAGAAGAGGGAAGCGAAGGGGAAGCGGAAGGGGAAGAUGGGUGAGGAAGAUGAUGAGGAGUAUAGGCCUGAGGAGGAGGGUGAUGAAGAGGGGUUGAGUUCUUCGAGUGGAGAGGAUGAUGAGGGUGAAGGGACUUCUGGAGGUCAAAGGAGCAAGGCAAAGAAGAAACAUUCGACAUCCAAGAAAUUCUUUGACCAGAAUCUCACGAGUAACUCAGACUUUGUUGAUGACGAUGAGGCUCUAUUUCAAGCAAUUGCUCUCUCUCUUAAAGAUUCUACAGAAUGUUCUAAUGUGCGACCCAAUGAGCAUUCUCAAAGCUCUAAUGCACAUUUGUCUGAUAACAUGAUAAACGCAAGAAAGGAAAAUGCCCACAUUCGGGAGGAUACAGGAAAGAGGAAGAGGAAAAAACCGGUAACUAGUCGAGUGAAAAUGACGGAGGAUGAGUUUCUUAUACACUUCUUUCAGUUUGAUGAAGCGGGGAAAGGGGGAAUAACUCUUAGAGACUUGCAAAGAGUAGCAGCUGCUCAUGAUUUUACAUGGACAGACAAGGAGAUGGCUGAUAUGAUCUAUUGCUUUGAUAGUGAUGGGGAUGGAAAGCUAAGCCUUGAUGAUUUUCGGAAGAUUGCUGGUCAAUGCAACAUGAUACAAGUUUCUGCACUUCUGUGACGGGUUCAAAGGCGUGAUGAACCAAUUGUUUAUCUUUUUUUUAUUGAUAUGCAGGAUCUCGAGCUGUUUUCUUUUGUUAUGCGCAUGAACUCCAUUGUCAACCCGAGUUGUAACAAAAGAAGUUGGUCGUUGGCUCUGUAAUUAAGCUAAUCAUCAGAUUAAAAAACUGUACUUUUUUUCGGAUU